UAUAAUAAUAAAUUACCUCAAAAUUUCAAAGUCUAUAGUUCAAUAUCUCCCGGUCAACUCUACCACCAAACUAAUAAUCAAAAUUCUCACAUAGUAAACCGAAUCAGCCAAAUCCAUUUCUGGGUUUUGAUCUUUACACAUCAAUCUCAAAUGGGUCGGAAGCCAAAUGAUUCCGAACCCACUCGUUAUGCCACUAUGAUCCUUCUUUUAAUGGGUCUUGUUUCUUGUACCGCCGUGUACAUUUUCAUGUCGGCAGUAAUGAGACCUGCCGGAAGUUCUGUGGUUGAGCGGUUAGCGGCGGAGGAAGGUGAAUUUAGCGGUGGCGGUGGUGGUGAAGGGGAGGGUGAAUGUUGUAGUGGGAUCGAAAGUUUUGAGCUUUGGGGAACUGCUGUAAAGUGGGGUUCUGAUUUUAAGGUUAAUAGUUCUAAAGAAUGUUGUAAGGCUUGUAAAGCUAUGUGUACGGGUAAUCAUGGGCCUUGUCUUUGUGAUACGUGGGUUUUUUGUGGAAAUAAAAAAAUUUGUGGUGACAAAUUUGGUGAGUGCUGGUUGAAGAAGCAGAAAGAUACUUUGGCUCCUGAUAGACAGGAAGCAGGAAACAAGGUUAUGUGGACGUCUGGCAUUGUUUUUGGAAAAGGAGAGGGAAUUGUUGCCUUGGAAACAGAAUUUGGUGCUAUUCACGUCAAGCUUUUGCCAGAAUGUUCCCCACGCUCAGUUUUUAACAUUUUGGAGUUGUUGGGGUUGCGCCAUUGUGCUGGUUGCCAAUUUUUUCGUGCGGAAACUCGCGGACAAAUUUGGGAUACACACGGAGAUCACAUAAAAGAUGCUUCUUUUGGCCCCCCAUAUGCUUUAGUGCAAGGAACUCUUGAUGCUCAAGGAGUAGCAUUCGAGUCAGUUCCCAGUGAAUCCUGUCCGGAAAUAAGACGGGGUUCAGUUGCAUGGGCAGGCUCUGGCCCUGAGUUCUUUAUAAGCUUAGCAAACCAUCAAGAAUGGAAAAAGUCGUACACUGUUUUUGGCUAUGUGCUGCCGGAGGAUAUGGAAAUUGUAGAGAAAAUAGCUCAGCUCCCCACAAAAUUAGAUGUCUGGAGCGGAGUUAACGUGACAGUCUUGGAGAACCCUGUACCUCUGAGGGUCCGACGAAUCAAGUCCAACAAUGGUGACCUAAACCUUAGCAGUUAGAUGAUUUGCAGUUUGGCACACUACUGCUAUUUUGUACAUUGAUGAAGUCAUAGUUUUGAAUUGUUUUAUGCACAUUUCUAUGUUGUAAUCAAUUUUGCAGAACUUGUUUUAUAAUUUUGGAAAGAAGAAAUAACACUUUGUAUUUCAUUGCCUCUUGGAAAUGACUAGUAUGAGAGUUUGCACCAGUUUA